CUGGAGACUGGAUCUCACAAUCUGUGAGGUGACAGAAGACCGUGAGGACCCAGGAAGGAAGUUCCAAGAAACCUAACAAUUGGUCCCAGGAGGAAUGCGAAUAUCAGAAGACUACACCAAAAUGAAGGCACCCCCCCCUGGACAAAUACAAGCCUCUAUUAGCAUAUGUGUUGAUAACAGCGUCAAUCACUCUACUACUUUGCAUCACAAACAUCAGAGUGGAAAAGUGUCAAGUUAAAGAAUUCAAAUGCUUACCCUUGGGGAAAUUUGAUCGAAAUAAGAGAAGUGUAAUGGAUCAUACUACAGAACUUACUGUUUUAGAGAACUCAGAGGGCAUCCAGAUACAUGGGGAUACUGUCAAGGGCAUAGUCGGGGGGUGGAUAACCGUUGAAUGUGAGAUCAUGAUGCCAAAAUCUGAUUACCUUAUGGAAUAUGCUGUCUGGACUUACCCAGAAGGAAGCGAUCGCCACAGGAGUACAAAUAUAAUUUUAGUGGAGACAAAGAAUGGACCACAAAUGCAAAUGACUUUAGAAAGGAAUUUUACAAUAUUCAAGGACGGUAUUAUAUCAUGUAGCCCUCAUGAUACGAAGGAUGGAGUCUAUACAAAGGUCUUAAAUAUAAUGGUCACAAAUUCUAGAGACUGUCCUACAAUUUUACCGUGGCCAGAACAUGGACUCUUCCUUGAGCGAACUCAAACUUUAGUGUAUAGCGAUGUUUCAUACUUAUCAGUACCAUUAUUGUUGAAUUUUACGUCAUUUAACAUUCCAGAGAGUUGCCCAAAAUCAAUGGGAUUAUGGUUUAAAACGGUCUUUCAAACACAUAUAAACUUAUUUUGGGAUGCUACACAAGGGCUUAAUUUUAAGAAGGUCUCAAAGAGGGAUCUGGGUACUGAUAUCAUAUCAGGCCUCAGUUUGGGUAGUUCAAUUUGGAAUAGGGUUGAUAUAGACAGCUUAAAUAUAAGAGGACUAAAUUUUGUGGGUGGAUUACAGCAGAUACUGCUUAAAGGGGGAAGAGUGGAUUUAAACGCUCUAGCUGAAAUGAAAGUAGAUAUUCAGAACAUUCACACCAUUGCUGCAGAUUUGCAGAACAUUCAAAUGUCGGUGAAUGCACUGAAUAAAACACUUCAAACCAAUAAUGUAUCCAAGUCUAUAGUUUGUGGUAUAAUAGGAAACUUGCUGAGUGAACACCUGAGCCUAGGGCUUAGAGAAAUCAAACAAGGAGAAUGGCCAAGGAUAAUGAACUCAACCUUAUUAUUCCAUCUUAUCAAAGACAGUGGUGUUACCUGUAGGAACUUUGCCCUUGCCAAAGUAAGGAGCCUGGAUACUCUUUGCAAUAAAGAUCGCCUUGGAAAGCAGGAAAUACCUCUGACCGUUGACAUCCCUACAUGGUCAACAGCACCCUUACCCGUAUACAAGAUGAUCGUUCUUGGUGAGGUGGAAGUGAGAAAUGGCACUAAUAUACUGAAACAACUGCUACCGCAAAGCAGACUUGUCGUCAAGGACAACCAAGUGUGGAAAACCAUGGAUCCCAACUGCUGUACCAGACGUGCCCAGGCCUGGCUUUGUUCCUGUUCCUUUGAGCGGCUGGAGUACAUAGAUGGCUGUGCUGCUACACACUCUGGAAACUGCAUGGUUCAAUUGCAAAAAUUUGAACCGGCCUGGAAGAGAAUAAUUCGUGGAGAAGACUCGAGGGUCUGUGCAUUAGGGGUUCCCUCAUUCACUUGGCAGAAACAAGUUCAGUGCCGGACACCUAUCACAGGCUGGUGUGUGAACCUCACAGAUGGACUGUUAACAAUUGGAGAGGAAGACAUUCAAGCUAAUAUCCAGAUGAAUCAAGUAUCUAUGGACAUUGAGCAAACUGAUCUUGGCAAAUGGGACUCUAUGAUUUCUCCUUUAUUUAAGAAAAUACCACCACUUACAGUCGAAUUGGAUACAUUAUUUAAGAGGGAUAGUAGGAAAAUUAUAGAAUUACAGGAACUAGUGAAGGAAAACCUCAUCAGUUCUAAUAAAAUUACUAAGGAAUGUCAGGAGCCUUGGUGGAGCAUACCCACUAACACUUUUACUCACCCGCUAUUGAGAACUCUUUCCAUAAUUUUUGUGUUUAUUCAAUUUGUAUUAAUAUGUUUUUUGUUUGGUUUAUAUUGUUGUGGUAGAAGGCAAUUACGAAUAAUUCAGAAAAGUAAGGAAAACCUAGAGAUGGCUUCCAUCUUAAGAGCCAGGGAUGUCUGAGCAGUUUGGUUGUGAAUCGAUUCUAGUUUGAACCGAUUCAAGUGGGGGAAUAUGUAGUAGUAUAUGUUG